AAAGUCAUGUUGGGAUUGUGGAUGCUUCGUUCUGCGACAAUGUUGCCUGCUUUUUGGCUGCUGAUAUUUUUGGGAACCUUCAUCAGGCUGUCUGAGACCAUGACUAGAGAGGAGAAGAGCAAACUUAGGAACCAAGUUCUGGAAAUGUUUGACCACGCUUAUCAGAAUUACAUGGACCACGCCUACCCUGCAGACGAGCUGAUGCCCUUGACCUGCCGUGGACGAGUGCGUGGACUAGAGCCUAGUCGAGGGGAUAUAGAUGAUGCCUUGGGGAAGUUCUCGCUCACCCUUGUCGACACACUUGACACUCUUGCGCUGUUGAAUAAGACGGUGGAGUUUGAGGAGGCAGUGAGGAGAGUAGUGACCGAUGUACGCUUAGAUAAUGACAUCGUGGUGUCUGUAUUUGAGACCAAUAUUCGUGUGCUAGGUGGACUGCUGGGGGGUCACUCCAUGGCCGUCAUGCUGAAGGAAAGCGGUGGAAUGGUCUGGUACCGGGAUGAACUGCUGCACAUGGCCAAAGAUCUUGGGCUCAGAUUGCUGCCUGCGUUUAACACCAGCAGUGGCCUGCCUUACCCUAGAGUGAAUCUGCGUUAUGGAGUCAGAGGACCCGAGACCCGUACAGGCACAGAAACGGACACCUGCACUGCCUGUGCUGGUACACUUAUACUGGAAUUUGCAGCCCUGAGCCGGUUUACCGGAGAUCCCACAUUUGAGGCCCAUGCGAGAAGAGCUCUGGACUUCCUUUGGGAGAAGAGACAGAGGAAUAGUAAUCUCGUGGGAACAACCAUUAACAUCCAUUCGGGAGAGUGGGUGCGCAGGGAUAGCGGAGUUGGCGCAGGCAUAGAUUCCUAUUAUGAAUAUUUGAUGAAGGCCUAUGUAUUACUAGGAGAUGACCAAUAUCUGCAGCGUUUUAAUAUUCACUACGCAUCCAUAAUGAAAUAUAUCAGCCAACCUCCUUUGCUACUGGACGUCCACAUCCACAAACCCCUGCUACCGGCCCGCACCUGGAUGGACUCCUUGCUUGCAUUUUUCCCUGGACUGCAGGUGUUAAAGGGGGAUAUUCGGCCAGCCAUAGAGACACACGAAAUGCUUUAUCAAGUCACCAAAAAACAUAAUUUCCUCCCUGAGGCGUUCACCACUGAUUUCAGGGUUCACUGGGCCCAACAUCCCCUACGGCCAGAGUUUGCAGAAAGCACCUACUUUCUUUAUAAGGCCACCAAAGAUCCGUAUUAUCUGGAGGCGGGGCGGACCAUUCUGGAGAAUCUGAACCGCUUCGCUCGAGUUCCCUGUGGAUUUGCUGCUAUGAAGGAUGUGAGGACAGGGAGUCACGAGGACCGCAUGGACUCUUUCUUCUUGGCGGAGAUGUUUAAGUACCUGUUCCUGCUGUUUGCUGAAGAGGAGGAUUUGCCUUUUAAUGUGGAAGACUACGUCUUUACAACCGAAGCACACCUGCUCCCUCUCUCUCUGUCUACUGCCUCGAACUCAACGCCCCCUGUGGUUGAUAAUAUGGCUGAAGAGGACCUUGAUGACUCAAAUUUUGAGUGGACUUGCCCCAACACCCAGCUUCUCUUUCCUGACCCUGCCUUCCCACGCAAUUUUCGUGAACCAAUCAGGAGUGCUGUAGAUAAGAGCUCUCCACGCCCGGCGCUCCAACGAGAGCCUGGUAUGGGCCUUCCUCCAUUGAGGGCUCAGGACUUCAUGGCCAAUAAUCCAGAGCACCUGGACUUGCUGAGACGGAUGGGUGUGAGUCUCAUCCACCUGAAGGAUGGUAGAGUGCAACUCGUUCAGCAUGCAACACAGGCUGUGAGCGCAGUUGCUGCAGAGGACGGCAUGCGUUUCAUGCAGGAGAUGAUGGAGCUUUCCAGCCAGCAGCAGAAAGAGCAGCUUCCUCCACAAGCUGUUCAGAUUGUGUCACACCCUUAUUUUGGUAGAGUGGUACUGACCGCAGGCCCCGCGCAGUUCGGAGUGGAUCUUUUCAAAAGCAGCUCUGGGGUGCGUGGGUUCGUAACCGUAGCCGAGCCCUACAACGGCUGUUCCGAGUUGACUAAUGGUGAGAUUGUGGCUGGCCGGAUUGCUCUGCUGCAGAGGGGCCAGUGCAUGUUUGCAGAGAAGGCCAGGCAUAUUCAGAAAGCUGGGGCCAUAGGAGGCAUUGUCAUCGAUGAUAAUGAGGGCAGCAGCAGUGACACUGCCCCAUUAUUCCAGAUGGCAGGAGAUGGGCGGAACACUGAUGAUGUCACUUUGCCUCUCCUCUUCCUGUUCCACAAAGAAGGCAACAUCCUUUUGGAGGCUCUGAAGGAAUACAGGGAGGUGGAGGUGCUGCUUAGUGAUAAAGCAAGAGACAGAGAAGCCAUUUUUAAAGGGAAAGCCCUCCCGGGCACCCUCUUGGAUGGCAGUACGGAUGUCACAGAGGAAGAGGACUGCUCCACGCAGGAGAAAGAGCACAGUUCUGACUCCUCUGAACCUCUUGACCAAUCACAAGUCACUACUCAGGAACAGGCGGUGGAAGGGCAAGAAAGUGGGGUGGGGCCAGCGGAGGGUGGGGCCAGCAGUUAUGUCGCUGUGGACGUAGGGGAGGAGCCUGCAGAGGAUGAGGACUCAAGUAGCCGAUCGGUGGACUCGCUUAUGGCUGAUUGGCAGGAGGACUUGGAAGCCUUUAAGCAAAUGGAGAAGGAUGAGCUUUGACAUUCCCAUUCGUCUCCUUUUUAGUACAGUAUGUCCCAGCCAUAGCACAGACUGACGAAUCAGUUCUGCCAUAUAUGGAAAAUAUAUCGGACAGGUGUGAUUAUGAGCGUUGGCUCAAAGAGCUCAUUUUCUACAGUCGCUUCUCAGGGUUUAUUUGUGAUUUUCUCUGAUUCAACCUGUAAACUUUAAGAGAAGACUGAAAAUUGUAUUUUUGGUCUGAUUGCACCCACACAUUACCUCUUCUCUCUCCGCCCAAACGGUUCUGUCCAGUUUUUGUCUUCUUUCUCACAAAUGGAUUGCCUGAUAAUUGAUGCACAGGUUUAAAUCAACAGUGAUUUAUUAUCUGAAGGACUGAUUAAUUUAAUGGCUGGUUUAACUGUGAUGAAUUGCUUUUUGCAAUAGGAUUAAUGCUUGGUUUUCUCAAUUUGUAGGGUCUUAAUCGGCCAUAAAAAAGGAAAUAAGGAAUGAUACAAGUAUAUGUGUAUGUUUGAAUGUUUGUAUGUAUGUUUAUUGCUUUUGAUUAGUAAGAAAAUCAGCCUGGACUUGAAUUUAUUAUCCGAAAAAACUGCAGCUUCAAACUUUCCGCAUUAAGUAUUUAAUGGUCUUACACAUUCAAUCCAGAAAGGGUCUAUUUUUGAAAGAUAUGAGAUCUGUCUUUUAAGGAAAAAACAUUUGUUUUUCGAGGAUAGAGACAUGCGAUCAUUUCUAAAGGUCCGCCAGGGGGCGCAAGUAGACUGGAACAUCGUGCCUUGGGGCAUGAAACGUGAUAAGCUCAAUAAAAUUGAUGAAUAAUUUUAA